AUGAACACAAAUGUUAGAGAAUAUGCACUUGUCAAGGGAAAGAUCAUUGAAUGGCCUGACUUUGUGAGAGAGAAUUCAUGGGCUACACUCAAGACCAAUCCCUUCAGUGCAUUACCGGUGGCAUCCAAUUGCAUCUCUGUGUACUAUGUGGUGGAUGUGGAAAAGAUGAAUUUUGUGGAUAGACUCUGUAUGGUAACCUGGGAUCUCAAGUACAAAUCCGAAUUCAAGGAAUUGAGCUUGGUGUGGGUGAAGCAAUACUUUGAAGUGGAGGAAUCUGAUUUGAAGCAACUGAAUACACCUGAAGAAGCCAUUAUUCAGCCUGGUGGUGAAGUUUUCUUUUUGCUAGAGGGCUCUGGCAGAGUUGCUGGUGUUGUAGCUACUGUGAUUCAUCAGGGCAGCUGUGAAUUGGCUAAAAUAACUGUCCGAAAAGAAUGCAAUGGCAAAGGAUAUGCUCACAUCUUGAUGCGUGAGUCCAUUAAAUGGGCCAAAGACAACAAAUACCCCUUUAUAGAACUAUUGUCAAGUGUCCAACUGGAAAAUGCCAUUAUUCUGUACAAAAAGUAUGGAUUUGAAACGACUCACUUGGGUCCUCAUCCAGAUUACAAGCGUUGCAAUAUCAUCAUGCGCUUAACAUUUUAA